AUGGCGUCGCCCGCCGAAGUGCUUCGCGCCCUGCGAGCACACCUCGACCCGAACCCGCUCGUGCAGCUGCUUCCGACGGCGCUGCAGCUCUUCUCGCACGUCGCGCUGCUGGCCGAGGUGGUCCGGAGCGAAGCACUAGUCGCGCUGGGACACUACGAGUCGGGCAAGGGCGCGCUGCGUGCGGCGGACGUGCGGCUGCUGAACGCGUGUGUGACUCCGCUCUGGGACGAGCUGUACCGCCUCUCCCUAGACGUUCGACGCGCAAACUACGCGUUAUCGAAGCGGAAACAGGACCUCGAGCGGAUCCGACUCAUGGUGCAGAGCUACUUCCCCGAUGUUCCCCCGGGAAAGGAGGGCGUCAAGGUCAUCACGGGGAGCAGGCUGCUGUACAUUCGCUGCAUGAGGGAGGACGACAUUCCGCUGCUGGCCGAGUAUCGCGCCGAGGCGCUGCGCUGGCUGGACGAUCCGGGCGAGACGCUGAAUGAGCUUACGGCGCGUAUGCUCGACCGCGCCGAACGCGUCGUCGGCAAUGCGACCGCCCUCGAGAACUUAUUCGGCGGCUCCCGGCCAGCUCGACGCCAAGCCGAAACGACCACGACACACCGAACCUGUAUUAUCACACUAAAUGUACCAAAGUAA